CUCACAUGUGCAGGACCUGGGGGCGAUGCACAUCUGGUUGAGGGUGAUGUGUGUAUGUGUGUGAGAGGAAAACUGCGGUGGAGAAGAUUUGCAGGGGAAACUUUUAUGAAAAAGCAAGUCUUUUGAAGAAACCGGCUGUUAGCAUCCAGGUCCCUCAAAGACCGACAGAAAUCAUGGACAGUGAAGUGGAAACAUGCGACACCAGCCUCGACAGUCCUCUUAGCCCAAUGCAUCUGACUGGGCUGGGGAUGAACUGUCUUCUUGGCCAAAAGUACCGGCACUCUGGGCCGGGCCUCACCAGUCCUCAGGAGUACAACCAGUGGCUACCUUGUCGCCACGACGCCAGCCUGCUGCCCAUGAAAGAGGACCUGGCCCUCUGGCUCAACACUAUCACCGGUGAAGAUCUCACAGCAGACAGUUUGAUGGAGAGGUUAGAUAACGGCGUUGUCCUCUGUCAGCUGGCACAGCUGCUCCAGGAGAAGAUGAUGUACAACAACAAUGGCAAGUCUUUAAUUAGAAGAGUGAUCCACUGGCGAGCAGAUGCAACUUCUGGGUCAUUCUUCGCCAGAGACAACACUGCCAACUUCCUCUACUGGUGUCGAAAGAUUGGCGUGGAUGAGGCUUACCUAUUUGAGUCAGAGGAUUUGGUCCUCCACAAGCAGCCACGAGAGGUGUGUCUGUGCCUGAUGGAGCUGGGACGGAUUGCAGCCAGGUACGGUGUGGAGCCUCCUGGGCUGGUGAAGUUAGAGCGAGAGAUAGAGCGGGAGGAGGCAGGGUGCUUAUCUCCAUCCUCCCCUCUGCCCCUGUCUUUUUUUCCUCCUGCAUCAUUGUAUUCAACAUCACAAUCAUCCCCACCCCCUGCUCCCUCUCCUCCACCUUCUCUUCCUCCACCUGCGCCCCUCACUCCCAGCACAACCUGUGUGUCUGAACCCAUCGCCUGUGAUCUUCCAUCAGCCACAACAAACCCAGCAGCUUCAUGUCAGUCCUCCCUCUCAGCCUCUGACCCUUGUACAACCACAGCCUCAACACAAACGCCUUUGUUCCCUUCAUCCUGCACCACUCAAACAUCUGCUUCAGCUCCUUUGUCAGCUCCCUCGCCGGGACAAACCCUGCUUUCUACUCCCAAAGUCUUCUUCACCACAAUAAACAACCACUCUCCCAAAGCAACACCUCCCAUCAACUCCCAACCUGCAGCUCCUCGUUCCUCCUCUAACAGAUCGAAGAGCAGGAGGAGCACAGGCACCAACGACAUUUUGGAUGAUAUUGUGAAAAACAUUAUUGAGAAUCCCCCCUGCAGCUGUCUAACCAGGUUCCUGGUUGAGAAGCAACCUAAAGGCUGCUACCGUGUUGGAGAUAAAGUUCUGUAUAUAAGGAUGCUGAAUGAGCGCCAUGUGAUGGUACGUGUAGGCGGAGGCUGGGAGACCUUCAUAAGUUACCUGCAGAAACAUGACCCCUGCAGAGGACCGGUGGGCAGACCUGAGGUUAGAGUCUGCAGGGUCAAAGCCAAGCCCCCCAAUUUGAACACCUCACCUGACAGCUACAUGGUGGUGGGUGCCCAUUACCGUAGCAAGAAGUAGACUCUCAAACUGCUCACUCUAGCUUCUGGCUGGGAACUUUUCACUUAGUCAAACAAAACGGUACAUGGUCAAUGAUUUACCAUAUAGUUUUUCAACUCGAGUUUAAAAGAAAAUGUUACGAGAUGAAAAUAAACGCUAUAUCAUUGUUAUCAUUGUUAUAUCAUUGACAUAUUGUUGAAUAAAAGCAAUCUAAAGAGA